CUGGGAACCUGGGAUUGUUCCGGAGCUUUCCGGAACUCGCCGGAACUCGCCGCCCUGUAUGAAGCCCUGUGCAGAGGUUCUAGCCAGAGAAAUACAUUCCUGGUCAGUGUGAUGGAAGAGGCUCAGACCAAUGACUCUUUUCAACUUGAACUUGAAGACUUCAUUAGAAAGCAGAAAGCCAGAGGAUUACAUCCAAAUGUCUGCUUCAGAAAGAUGGCAGCGGAUUCCGUUCAUCAGAAGAGAGACAGUGGCAGCCCUGGAGCCCCCAUGCAGGGGUUACCAUUCUGGCUCAGAAACUACUCUAGAUCCUCUCCUUCCUAUCAAAGGCUGACAGUGGAAAACCAGGUACCUUACUGCAGACAAAGACUGAGAUCUCUAAAACACAGUCUGAAAAACCAGCCAAUCAGUCAAGACAGACAGGAGAGGACAAGGCUCCAGGGGGAAGGAGGAGCCACCACUCGGGAGCCAGGGAUGCCCAAGGGGAAACUCUACAGAGUGAGGGGUUCACACACGGAAGACAGCCUCAGCAGAAGGAAGGUCUCAGCAGAGCCAGUGGCUACAGAGAAGUCUAAGGACAGAAAGGAGAACCACCAUGAUGGGAGAGACUCCACCAAAGGCAGGCGCCGGUCCCACCAAAAGAAGAAGGGGCCUGAGGAGAGGGAUUUGUGGGAUGAAGCUAUCCUGGGCAGUCGCUACUGAUGAUUGAACAUUUUGGGUCCCAAAAGUCAAUGUGUUGAUUCUCUUGGUAAGGAUGGAUUAAAUGGCCUCAAAGCAAUUAGACGCCAGGCCAGCUGCUGUGGUGUAGAACUUGUGAGUCUGUACAGGGUUGCUGUUCUGGUACUGGCAGUGACAGACCCUUUGGUGUGCAAAGGCUUUGGGCUGUGCUGACAGACACAGGGACUUUCAGUCACAAGCCUGAGUGCCUGGAGCUGUAGAAGCCAGCCAGUCCAGCUAGAUCUAGGUUCUGAGGCUGGAGACUGUUCUGCUCUAGGCGUUAAUCAUCAGAGGCCCUAGCCCUUGGCUCAGAGCAGAAGCUAAUGGGAGUAGGUAGUAGCUGUCAGCUUCCCAGCAGACCUUGCAUUUGAAUGAUCAGCUCCUGUAACAGGCCAGAGCUACAGUCCUGGGGACGGGCAUAUUCAGACGCCUGGCAUCUCCCUGAAGCUCUUCCUGUGAGCAGGGCCUCCUUGCCCUUCUACAGCUUUUUGUUGUCUCCAGUACCUCUGCUUCCUAUUGUUUCUGCCCUUAGCCACUCUGGGAAUUUGAGCCAUGUUCUUACCAUCAUUGCUACUAUGGAAAACAUGGCAACAAGAGCUGCUGCCACCUUUGCCAUAGCUACCGUUCUGGCGAUGCUUCUGUCCUUCACUCGGUCUUCUGGCUGCCACUCAACCCCUCUAAUAAUGAUAAAGAUCAAAAGAAGACAAGAAAAGAAUUGUGAUCUGCACUAAUCAGGCUGAAUUUUUUUUUCCAAGCUGAGGAUUUAAUCCAGACCUUGGGCACGCUAGGCAAGAGCUUUCUCACUUAGCUACAUCUCACCCCCAGUCGUGAGCUGCCUUCUGAUGGGCCACCAAAGAAAGUGCCCUGCCACACCUAGUCUGGCUAAAAUUUAGGCUGCAGGAUAACCCAACAUUCACCGAGGUUUACGAAAAGCAGAUUGACAUGUGCUCUGUAAAACAGUCUUGACGAUAAAGGUGUUCACCACCAUGCCCGCCAAGAGAGAAUUGUCUUACGAUACAUUAGCCAGAUGCUAUUAAACAAGCAAAAUUAAAUGUCAAAACAUUUAAAAGCAAAGCAGAAGGCCUUGCUAUAAAAAUCUAUAAAAACUAGAGUCUUGAAAAUAGGCAUUAAAUAAACACACAGAAGAACUCCGGAAAGAUGGAGUAUCUGGUAGGAGUGGGCUCAGGACACAAGAAUUUGAUGGGUAAAGGACAGCGGUGAGGGACAGACUAACCUUCAAGGGGCUAGUGAGAGGGCUUGGGUAGAGGUGCUUGCCACCAAACCUGGCUUAAACCUGAGUUUGAUCCCUGGGACUCACACUGUAGAAGGAGAAAGCUAACGCCUGCAGUGUGCUGACUUUAUGCAGAAUUUUGUUUCAUAUGAGACUUUUCCCGUUGCUAUUUGGCAAGAAACAGAGCGGAGGGAAAUUACUUGUUGUCGUUCUGUUAAAUGUUCUGCCCCAGGUGUCAAAUUAUCAUCUCUUAAAACAGUACCACUUGGCUUUUUAAUCUCUCCCAGUAGAGGGUGGUAGAAGGCCAUUGUAGAGUCAGGAAAGGGGGACAUUCCCUUUCCUUGGUGUGCCCUUAGUUACAAGAACAGGGAGAUGCUAGGGAAAAGGUCCUACCUAUUGCCUAUCUAUGCCUCAGCAAAUGGCUUUGUUGGUGGAUUCUCUCUGCAGAGUGUAAAUCCUGAGUGGUUGGGGAAAGGACCCUCAGACUCCCCCGCUCUGAGUUAUGCCUCCCCAGCCCCACAUGGAGCCCAGCCCCAGGCAGGUCAACUGCCACCUGCAGGUCACAGCCAGCCACCUGCUCGGUUCUCUGGAUCUGACAGUUGUAGCAUUUGAAUCUCAAGUAUACAAAGUGCAGAUGUCUUCAUUAAUUGAACUGCGUUCCAGAGCAUGUACUGGUGGGCCUGGUGACUGGCUCAGUGUGUGGAAGCACGUGUUGCCCAGCCUGACAACCUGCGCUCCAUCCCUGGGUCCCUCAUGGCGGGAGGAGAGAGAACCUAUUCCCGCUAGCUCUCUGACCUCCACAUACGGCAUGUACUCACCCCCUGCCCCCCAACACACAAAUUUUUUUUUAAAACAUGCAUUCAUUUUAUCUUGGAUUUCAUCAAUAAAAAUGUUGUGUAUGACUGUU